AUGUCUGAUGACUGUUUCAGUGACUUUACUUUGUGCCAACCUUUCAGAGAACAAGAGAAUGUGAUACAAAUCAUACUGUACCAAGAUGAAUUUGAAAUGGUAAAUCCGUUGGGAUCAGCAAAAGGAAAUUUCAAGUUACUUGGUGUGUACAUGACACUAGGCAAUUUGCCUCUGCAUUGUAGAUCAAAUGUGGAAAGCUUGCAGCUGGUGAUGCUUUGUCGCAACAAGGAUAUAAGAGAGUUUGGACUAAACAUAGUUUUGCAGCCUUUGGUAAAGGAUUUGGUCAGUCUUGAAAGAUCAGGAUUGUCAAUUAAUGAGGUUCACUAUGCUGUGCGCCUCAGUUUCAUUGCAGGUGACAAUCUUGGAAGCCACAUGGUGGGAGACUUUACACAGAACUUUAGCACAUCCAUGUACUUUUGCAGAUUUUGCCUUGUGACCCGCGCAGAGUUUGAGCAGGUGCCUAAUGCAGUUGGUGAACGUCGUACCCCCCAAAAUUAUAAUGAAAGUUUAGGCCGCCUUGCCAAUGGAAAUGGUGUGCAGAGCGACUGUGGUUUGACUGGAAAUUCUCCUUUCCAUGCUCUAAAACACUUUCAUGUUUGCAACCCAGGUUUGCCGCCAUGCAUUGGCCAUGACCUUUUUGAAGGUGUGGUGCAAUAUGAUUUGGCACUAUGCAUUCGUUACUUUGUGAACAAAGGCUGGUUCACAUAUGGCUACUUGAACAACAGAAUCUUUACCAUGAAGCUUAAUGCUGAUGACUUGCGGAACAAGCCUGCUAAAGUAUCCCACAACAGUAACAAACUUGGAGGCCACGCACUCCAGAACUGGACUUUGCUGAGAUUAUUUCCUGUGUACUUGGGCAGCAAAGUAGUAGACAUGAAUGAUGCUGUUUGGGAGCUUGUCAUCACGUUGAUGCAAGUAGUAGACCUUCUAAUGGCUCCAAAGAUAACAGCUGCCCAGGUUGCAUAUAUGAAAGUGCUGAUUGAAAACUAUGUUGUUUCUCGCUGUGAACUGUUUCCCAGAGACAAACUCAGGCCAAAGCACCAUAACAUGUUGCAUUACAGUGAACUCUUGCAGCACUUCGGCCCACUGUGUCAUGUGUGGACGAUGAGGUUCGAAAGUAAGCAUCAGUACUUUAAAGAAUGUAUUCGAUCUGUCAGGAACUACAAGAACGUCACCAAGACGCUGAGUGAACGGCAUCAGCUUUUUCAAUCAUUCUUGGCGGCACGUGGCUUAUUUUGUAUUGCCAGUCAGUUCACAGGCAUGAGCAUGUCUGAGCAGUUGAAAGUACUCGGGAGUUUGAAGAGAAAAUACUUCUCUGAUGACUGUGUGCUGCUAAAGAAAGCUACAGUAGAGGGCUACACUUAUGCAUGUAAUGAUUAUGUGCUUGUCUCAGGCACACGAUUCAGUGUAGUGUUUGGAUCCGUGAUUGCCAUUGUUAAAGACCAGAGUGAAGCGGUAGCCUUGUUGCUUCGACACACACCUGCAGCACUUUUACCUGGCCUUGAACUGUAUGGUCUGCAAAACUCAACAGAGGAAACAGUUCUUUUGCAUGCACAUGAACUUCUUGACAGAACAGCAUACCAGCCAUACUCGUUUAAUGGCAAUUCUGUUGUGAGAUUGAAUUUCUCCUUCUGUGAAAAACUCUGA